AUGGAAUGGGAUCAUGUUCUUCCAUUGGGUUAUAGAUUGAAUAUAUUAUUCAACUUGGGGCUCGUGUACUAUUACUGUCUAAUUUCGAUAUGCCAUCAUCGAUACGGCAUGAACAUCAUAAAGAUUCUUCAUCUCCAACAUGAAUACGGGAACAUCAAUACUUUACUUGGGAGUACCAGGAAAUUCACCAAAUCAGUCACGGUGAUCAACCUUGCCAGCUUAAUAGUUUAUAAUCUCCUCGGGAAAUUGAUGGGGGAGUAUUUAUUUAUCUUGCAAGUGUUGCCGGUGAUCACCUUGAUUUUCAACUUUUACAUCAUUUUGGUCUCGGGAGAAGGCCGGUUGAUGCUGAUUUUCCAACGGGUCUUACUUGGAAGAAUCGACACCAAAUCGUUACGGAUCAAUGAUCUUUUAAUGUCCGAUAGCAUCACCUCUUAUUCCAAGAUCAUUUUGGACUUGGCAAAUUACUUGAACUAUAUUAUCUAUUACGGCAGCCGCGAUGAUGAUGAUGAUUGGAAAAAAUUGGACCAGAACCGGUUCGGGGUGGAUUUGAUCAUUUUGGGACUCCCGCAACUUAUUCGCUUGAGUCAAUGUUGGUUCGAAUGGAAUCAUUCCAAUCGCCGCAACCGCCAGCCGUUUUUAAACUUCAUCAAGUAUUCGACCAACGUUGCCCCCUUGGUGAUGAUCUUCAUCACCAGAAGCUAUACUGCUCGGGAAUCGUCGGCUCCAGGAGGAGGAGGAGGAGGAGACCCCAUAUUGAUGCUCGAGAAAUUAUUGAUUUUGGUCAAUUCGAUGUAUACAUUUUUCUGGGACGUGAUGAUCGAUUGGAAUUUCACCCUGGUCAAGCAAGCAAAACGCAACGAUUGGGUGUUCGACGCAUCGAUAGUAUUUGAUUGCAGUUUACGGUUUUUAUGGCUCUGGAAGUUUAUUUUCACCAGUGCUGGAUUCUUUUACUAUUUCCACGAUAGUGAUCCAGGAAUGACGUUGUUUGUGAUGCAAUUCUUGGAAGUCACGAGAAGAUUUGUUUGGUGUAUUCAUAGAUUGAACACCGAGGCGAUGCGUGAUUCGAUCACCAGUAUUGAAAUGACCAAGGUAUAA